AUGAGCAUCUGGGACCAGGCCGACAUAGUUAAGAUCAGCGACGCCGAGCUGGAGUUCCUGACCAGGGAGGACUCUGUGGAAGAUGAGGUUGCCAUGAAGCUCCUCCUGAUCACCAUCGGGGACAAGGUGGCUACCCCCAAGCAGAUCAGAGAACUGAUGAAGGUUGACGAGCUCACCAAUGAUGAAGUGAAGAGCCAUUUGCAGAAAUAUCGGCUACAUACUCGAAGGGUGCCGAAUGCUUCGGCGGCAGUGAACCGUCCUGUUGUCGUUAUGGGAGAUUUAUGGGUUCCCCAUGAGCACUAUUUUGCUUCACAGAAGAGUGCUUCCCAGUCUGGUUCUCCCCAAACCCCUCUUCAACUAGCUGGUGCUGGCCACACAAUCUCCAUUAUUGCUGGAGAUAGCUGCGAGGAAGAAGAUGGGAAAUCGGAGAGCUACAGCUGGAAAUGA